AUGAGAAUAGAAGCUUCAGCAGCUUUCACAAGUUCAAGACCUCUGUUUCCACUAUUCAUCUUCCUCUUCUUUAUUCCAGGUUUCCACUCAAGAAAUCUGCAACAAUGCUCUUCUUCAUGCGGAGAUUUGACAAAUAUCAGCUCCCCUUUUCGUCUCCAGGGAGAUCCCGCUGGUUGUGGUGAUGUUGAUUUUCAACUAUCUUGCCAGAACAACACCGCCAUCCUGAAUUUUCGAGGAGGAAAGUACUACGUUAAAGGAAUCUCUUACGAUAAGCAUACCGUCCGUGUUGUUGAUGUUAACUUAGCCCAUGGAACCUGCGGUCUUCCUUACAAGUCUCUUUCAAUGAGUGAAGCCACCGAAGAUGGUCGAUUCCCUUCAUUAAUUACAUUCUGGCAAGCCAAUUUUGUGAACUGUUCCAACACAAUUCCUGAGCUGAGAGAUAGCAAAGUACCUUGUUUGAGUGGAGAUACUUCUCAUGUUUAUGUCAAUUUCAGUAACAGGAACUUGUUUGGUUAUGAGAUUCCAAGGAGUUGCAAGGUCAUUUCAAGGAUUCCUACAAGCUGGGAAAACGAGUUGAAUUACCCUUACAAUGAAACCACCUUGAAGUUGCUUGCAACAGGGUUUGAUCUUAGAUGGUCAGUUGAGUGUAGGAAUUGCCAUACAUCUGGUCUUUUCUGUGUCUACAAGUCUAACAACGAUCCAAGAAUCUUUCAGUGCGAAACGGUUUUUGAAGAAGAUUACAAAACCCUACUACCGGCUUUCAUUGCAUAUCUUGUUUCACGCUCUCUGAUUGAUAUGGCAUUGCUCGUCAGACUCAUCUUAGCUCCCUUGGUUGUGUUUGUUUUCCUUCUCCACAAAUGCUUAACUACGCGAAAGACGGUUGGUAAUGCAGAACAUGUUGGUGACAUACAAAUGCUUCCUGAGCCUGUUCCAUGUUCUCCACAAGGUCAUACAAGUAACCUUCCAUCGGAUUCUCCAAAACAAGUGCUAAUAGCUGCGUCAAUAGAAAGAAGCGCGUAA